CGAAUAACAGCCAGACUAAGGUAAACUACCACCAGACAAGCGGUUUUAUUAUAACAAGUUGCCACAGCUUUUAUAUCAACGAUAAGAGCAAUUUGUACGUUGUGAAUGAUUUUUAUAAAUAUUUUAUCAGAAAUUCAGUGCGAUCCGUCUUUGUUUUGAUGAACGGCCAUUUUGACGGAAGCACGCGGUGUUUAGAGAACAGAUUAUCCAGGAACAGAAAGACCUUGGUGUUAAGAGAUUUCACAAACUGAUGUUUGCAGGAUUUGUUUAUCUAUGAUACAGAUAAAGCUAAAUCCAGGUCGGCACCAGUCAUACUUGGUGUGGGUAAAAUGUCUGCUUACGUGCAAGUGACAUCUGGGGAAAAUGACGAACCCAUGGAAAUCCCUUGUGAAGAGGAUGGGACGUUGUUGUUGAGCAGUCUAGCUGCACUAUUUCCAAAAGCAUGCGGACUUCGGUUUCGAAACCCAGAUACGGGCUCAAUGCGUGGUAUCCGUGUGUCUGACGGCAAGCUGUACCCUCCUCCUGCGGGUAACGAUGACUCUACAUGGGGGACAAGAGUUUACCUAGCAGUGUUUCCUAAAGAAACUAAAAGAAAAAGUACAGAUCAAGGUGGCAGCCCUCCGCAGAAAUGCAAACGGUUAGGUGAUCGAGGCGGUAGUGACCUUAUUGUGUUAGGCCUGCCAUGGAAAACUGCAGAAGAUGGAAUGAGACAAUACUUUAAUCAGUUUGGAGAAGUCACAUUUGUGCAGGUUAAAAGAGAUGGACGAACAGGAGAAUCAAAAGGAUAUGGGUUUGUGCGUUUUAAAGAAUAUGAUGCGCAGGAAAAGUGUUUACGGUAUGACCGUCAUGAGAUUGAAGGCCGCUGGUGUAAUGUGAGGAUUCCUAAUCAGAGAGAUGUGUACUGAGUACCCUGUGAAGGGAAAGAAUCACCUCAACUAAGGUCAUCUCAGAGUCAAGGGAUUCUGGAUUAUCUCCCCUGAUCACCGCCAUAUGGUCUCCUUCAAUGUUGUUCUACCACAGUAUUGUAGGAGAGUUUCAAAUGACUCCAAUGAGGCCUUCGUUUUUUUUUUUCUUUUGUUUCUUUUUUUUUGUGAAAUUCUAGAUGUCAUGACUUCAUUACAACCCACAUUUAUGUCGUUGAUUUUUAGAAUAUUUUAUUUACACGACCCUUUGUGAAAUGUAAUCAAGCCUGUACAUUUUUAUCAAGAGCUUAUUAUAAUAAUAAUAAAGG